AUGGCAACAACAUCAACUCGUACUAUAUUUCCUAUGAUAUUUGGUCGUCGUCAUCCAGAUAAAUUAAGUGAUGGAGCAUCAACACCUCUUCAACUUGUUCGUUUACGUAUUGAACAAAAAGUUAAUGGAGAUUUUCCAUUUAUUCAUCAAAUAGCUACAACAAUGACAUUUAAAAACACACAUAAUAUGAUUCUUGAAGGUGCUUUCGAAUUUACAUUACCAGAAAAAGCGACUAUUUGUGGUUAUGGUCUUGAUGUUGAUGGCGUUAUUGUUGAUGGAGUAGUCGUUGAAAAACAAGCUGCUCGUAUAAUAUUCGAAAAAGAAGUACGAAAAAGAAUUGACCCAGGUUUUGUUGAAUUAGUUACAGGCAAUGUAUUUCGUACUCGUGUUUAUCCAAUUGAGCCACAAAAAACACGUACUGUUCGUGUUAUUUAUCAAGAUCAGGCAAUAACAGAUAAUAAUAAGAAUGGUUUUCUGUAUCAAAUACCAAUUCAAUUUCAAACUCGUCUUGAAAGUUUAGAUAUUGUUCUUACAUGUUUUGGUCAAGCAAUAACAAAACCAAACUUUUUGAUAGAUUCUAAACAAGCAAUAAAUAAUUAUCUACAAUUUCUUGAUAAUGGAAAUGGACAAUAUACUGCUGAAUGGCAUUCAACUAAUGUUGAACCAUCUCUUAAUAAUGAACAAACACUUUCAUAUAUAUUAUCUGAUUCUCUUAAACCAGUCAUAAGUGCUAUUGAAAAGGAUUCAAAUGUUGGUGCAUAUUUUGCUAUUAGUUGUGCUUUACCAACACCGAAUCAACAUAGAACUGAUCAACUUGAUAUGCCAUCGAAAAGAAUUUGUAUUCUAUGGGACGCAAGUUUAAGUCGUUCAAAUUCAAAAGAAAAUCGAACAUUAGAAUUAGAUGCAUUAAAAAAAAUCUUUAGUAUAUGGUUAACACGUUAUACUCAAAUUGAAAUAAUAAUUAUUAUAUUUCGAAAUGAUAUGGAUAAACAAAUAUUAUUUCAACUUCAAGUUACUAAUUGGAAUAAAUUUAUAGAAAUUUUUCAAGAUUUACCAUAUGAUGGUGCAACAAAUUUAUCACAAUUAUCAUCAAUUAAUUUAAUACAAUCAAUUGAUUAUUAUUUUCUUUUUAGUGAUUGUAUAUCAACAAUAAAUAAUGAUUCAUUUAUAGAAAAUUUAUAUUCAAAUUUUAAAGCACCUAUAUGGAUAUUUAAUGGUAAUUAUCUUCAUGAACCCUAUGAUAUUGAUUUUAUUCGUUAUUUAACUCAAUAUAAUAAAUAUGGUGGAGGUUAUGUAAAUCGUGACAAAUUAGAAUUAAAUCCACAAGAUUUAAUAAAUAUUAUUGAAACUAUUCAAAUUAAAUAUGUGAAAUUUCACUCAACUUCAACUGUAAAACAAAUAUAUCCAAGCAAUUCAAUAUCAAUUCCAUUAAAUUUGGAUCGAUUUCUCUUGGUGGGACAAAUUCCAAUGCCAUUACCAAAUUCUAUUCAAUUUGAACUUGAAUUUUCAAUGAAUAAUCAAACAUCCAGUUUACCAAUUACACUUGAUAUGACAUUCACUGAACGUAACUCUUUUGGUUUAAUUCGUCGUUUAUGGGCACAACAAAAAUUAAAUGAAUUAAACGCAUUUAAAGAUAAAUAUAAAUCUGAUAUAUUAACACUUGGAUUAGAAUAUUCAUUAGUUAGUCAAUUUACAUCAUUAUUAGUACUUGAAACACUUCAACAACAUCUUCAAUAUCGUGUAUGUCCAGCUAAAUCACGCACAUUACUUUAUAAUCAAUAUAUACAACGUCAAACGAUAGAAAAUAAUAAAAAAACAAAUAAUAUAUCUGAAUUAAUACAAAAAUGGAAUCAAACAUGUCAAUGGUACGAUCGAGUUAUUACUGAUAUUGAUCGUCAUCGAGCAUAUUUACCAAAAGUACAACAAGGAUUCGGUUUUGGCAUGCUAACACCUGCACCUUUUGGCACUACUACAUCGACUCCUAUGUUUUCUGUUACAAGUGCUCCAACUGGUGCUCCAACUACAAUGCUAUCUUUUCCAUCGAGCACUCCUACAACUUUUCAAUUCAAUACCGUAGCUCCUACAUCAAAUUCUGUUUCAUCAACUUUCUCAGGGUUUGGCUCUUCUCCUUCAUCAGCGUUCACAGGAUUUGCUUUUUCUACUCCAUCAUCACAAGUAGUAAAUACUACAACAAAUGUAUCAAAAGAAUCAUUCUCGACUAAAACAGAAGAAACAUCAACAAUUGUUCUUAAUGAAUACAAUCCUCAAUUGUCAUACACAACACGAAUAUCUUCUUCAAAUAAUAGAACAAAUGCAUAUUCAAUUUAUCUUAAUGAACGAGUAUUAAAUCGUCAAUCACCUUCAUUUUAUUUUGAUGUUGCAUGUUAUUUUUUUUCACCAAUAUCAUUUUCAUCUGUAUUAGAUAAAUUUAAUCAACAACAAGCAAAUAUUCAAGCAGUAGAUAAGAAAUCAAUUGAAUAUGGUUUACGUAUAUUAACAAAUAUUUUAGAAUUAGAAUUAGAAGCACCACAAUUAUAUCGAACUGUUGGAUAUAAAUUAAUUGAAUUAAAACAAUGGAAUCUUGCUUUAAGUGUUUUUCGAAAAAUAUAUUCUUUACGUUCUGAUGAACCACAAUCAUUACGUGAUUUAGCUAUUGUUCUUGUUGAACUUGGUCAAUAUGAAGAAGCAUUACAAUAUUUUAAACAAAUUCUCAAUCAAAUAUGGGAUGAAAGAUUUCAAACAAUUCAAACAAGUGUUUUACUUGAUUUAAAUCGACUUUUAGUUUUAAUGAAUAAAACGGCGCCUGAAAUUGAUAGUCGACUCAUACGACAUUUACCUGUUGAUAUUCGAAUUGUUGUUCAAUGGGAUACAGCUGAUACAUUAAUUACACUUUCAAUUAAAGAACCAACUGGUCAAGUAUGUGAUAGUUAUGGUUCAUAUCGAACAGAUAUUGGUGGGUGCAUGACAAAUCAUCAUUUUCGAUCUGAUCAACCAAUGGAAUAUUUACUUCGUAAAGCAGUUAAUGGAAUAUAUUCCAUUAGUUUAACAUAUUUAAAUAAUGCUCAACAUACACUUACAGGUGUUACAACGGUGUUAGUUUAUAUUUAUAAAUAUUUUGGUUCAAUAAAUGAAGAAAAACAUAUUCAAACCGUGCGAUUAACUAAUUUAAAUCAAACAAUUGAUGUUGGUCAUGUUGAAUUUGGUGAUUCUAAUUUAGAAAAACUGAAAGCUGAAUUACAACAAAGUAAAGAUGAAUGUCAUCGUCUUCAAAAUCUAUUAAUUACUGGUAAACAACAAACACAAUCUAUUAUUCAACAUACCAAUAUAACAUGUGAUAAAUGUUUUAUGUCACCAAUAGUUGGUGAUAGAUAUAAAUGUUUGUUUUGUCCAAACGUAGAUUUUUGUCAAAAUUGUCAAUCAUCCACAAAUCAUCAACAUGAUUCAAAACACCCAUUAAUAUGUAUUCAUGAUUCAAGUCUAUAUGCAUCAUCAAUUUAUAUUCAGAACAUGAGUGAACUGAUUCACGUGAAUAGUCAGUGCUCAUCAUGUUCUAUAUCACCUAUCAUUGGUAUACGUUAUCAAUGCAUGACAUGUAAAAUAAAUUUAUGUGAAAAAUGUGAAUUUCUUUGUUUACAUGAUGUUUCACAUGAACGUUUAAAAAUUAUUCGUCCCCAAUAA